GUUCCAAAGUAACGCUGUGUCCUACGUGAGCGAAUCAUUGCGAGCGAUUAGCGCGACGCGACCAAACGCGAUAUAUCAAACAAUGUAAUAUAAUAGCGCUGUCCUACGUGCAGUCGUAUCGGUCGUAAAACUGUUUCAGCCGAAUUUCGCGCUCUGUCGGCGAUCAAAUUGUUUGAUAUUUCCAAGCGGAAUACGCGCGAACUUCAGUAGUUCUUGUUGAUGCAGGCACGUUUGCUUCGACCGCUCUACAAUGAAUGAUUUAAACGAAGUUUUAAUACUGGCUGUUAGAAAUUCCAGUAUACUCUGGGACAAGACUGAUAAAAGAUAUCAUAAUCGACUGUUGGUGGAUAGAGAAUGGAGUAGAAUUGCCGAUGAACUGGGGGAAACAAAGGAAACAGUUAAAGGGAGGUGGAAAAAUCUCCGUGAUACUUUCAAUAGAGAACUAAAAAAAGUGCACAAGUCUAGAUCAGGUGAGGAAGCAAGCGGACCAUGUCGUUACAAGGGUACAUGGUGUUAUUUUGAAGAUAUGGAUUUCUUGAAACGAAUAUUAACUCCUCGAGAAACUGAAGGUAACUUGCCAUCAUGUCAGGAGAAAAAUAUUUUUGGAGAUGAAUCCCUAUCUAAAUCGCUAGAAGGUGACGAGUCUGAAGACAAUCGAUGGAUUGAACAAGAGGAAAGCGAUAAGGAAGAUGGGGAAUUGACUUAUAAUGAAGACGUUCCUGAAUCAGCAAUUCGUCCGAAAAGACUCUCGAAAAGAAGUAGACCGACAAGUUUACAAAAGGAACUGGAGAACUUGGAGAAAUCUUUGCCUUCCUCAAGUAGUCCGAAAAAUCCGAUAAAAGUUAGUAGAAAACGAAAAACUGGAACCUCACAAUAUCAGCAUGAUAGUUUUGAACGUGAGAUGUUGAAACUCGAAGCUGAAAAAUUGGAUAUUUUGAGAAAUACUGACGAUGACGAUGACGACAUCAACUUUUUCAAAUCACUUUUGCCGCAUGUCAGGCAACUUUCUUCGAUAGAUAAAUUAAACUUUCGUAUUCAAGUACAGCAUUUGCUGUAUCAGGAACUGCGUAAGCGGGAACCAUCACAUAUCACGAAUAUUGCAUCGCGAUCAACGUCAUAUUGUUCUCCACCUUCUUCAGACUACAACGGUAAUGAUCAAUCAUCCGAUUCUAGACAUCCAGAACAAUACGAUUAUGUAAUACACGAGUUCAAUUAACAUUAUUAAUGUCUGAUAACAAAGAAUAAAAAGGUUAAAAAGUAAAA